AGUACAUGAAACACUUGUUUUUAUUACAUUAUCACAAGGGGAAUGAGAUGAGAGAGAGAUAGUGUUUGGCCAUACAUAUCAGUUAAGUCUGACCUCCUAGGAAGGCAAACCUCCCUUCCCCAACACUUUCCUUUCUUCAAUAAAACCUUACCCUUUCCCCCAUUAAUACUCUCUCUCUUUCUUCCUCUUUUCUUUUCAAUCCCUCUUUUCUUUUUUUUUUCUUCUUUCCCGUUUUUGUUUACAAUUGCCUUUUUAUUUUUCUUUUCAUGGAUGAUAGCAGCAACACUAAUGCUACUACUGCAAUGCCACAAAAAAACCAUAGUUAUGAUGAUCACAUCCAUCACCAUUUCCAUUCUAAUAUAUCUCAAAGACAUCAACAUAGCACCACCACCAUCCUUCCUUUGAACUCUAUCAUCAUAAUCAUCAUAUCCAUCAUCUCCCUUGUCUUGAUUCUCUCCAUCUUUCUAAUUAUAGUAAUGCUUCGUAGACUUAAAUCUGUCAAGAAACAUGGCAGUUGUAAAGAAAAUAGUGGCAUCCAUAAUACAAGCAGCAGGUUCAUUGCUCCUACUACCAUAGACUUAAACGCUAGUCCAGCAGAUGUGAAAGGGAACUGUUUAUAUGGAGGUAGUAUGCGUAAACCUGCAAGUGCAUACAGAGGGGUGCAAGUUUUUACUUACAAGGAGCUGGAAUUUGCCACUGAUAACUUCAGUGAAGCUAAUGUGAUUGGCAAUGGUGGGUCUAGUGUGGUGUACAAAGGAGUCCUUGCUGAUGGUACUGUGGCAGCCAUCAAGAGGCUUCACCGUGACAGAAAGCAAGGGGAGCGUGCUUUCAGGAUGGAGGUGGAUCUGCUAAGUCGCUUGAACUCUCCUUACUUAGUGGAGCUAUUAGGCUACUGUGCUGACCAACACCAUAGGCUUCUAAUAUUUGAAUUCAUGCCCAAUGGUACUCUGCAACAGCAUCUUCAUCAUCCCAGCAGUGAAUAUAGGCCAUUGGAUUGGGGAAGCCGGUUAAGGAUAGCCCUUGAUUGUGCUAGAGCCCUUGAGUUCCUCCAUGAACAUGCUACCCCUACUGUUAUCCACCGUGACUUUAAGUGCACCAAUGUAUUACUAGACCCACACCUCCGAGCCAAGGUGUCCGAUUUCGGAUUGGCCAAAAUGGGCUCAGACAAGACGAACGGUCAGAUUUCGACACGCGUUCCCCGGACCGCCGGAUAUCUAGCCCCCGAAUAUGCUUCAACUGGCAAACUUACCACGAAAUCAGAUGUCUACAGCUAUGGCGUGGUGCUUUUACAGCUUUUAACAGGCCGCGUGCCACUUGAUAUCAAGAGACCACCAGGAGAACAUGUCCUUGUUUCAUGGGCACUUCCAAGGCUAACUAACAGAGACAAAGUAGAUGAUAUGGUUGAUCCAGCUAUACAAGGACAGUAUUCGAAGAAGGAUCUAAUUCAGGUGGCUGCUAUUGCUGCAAUGUGUGUGCAACCAGAAGCCGAUUAUCGACCUCUAAUGGUGGAUGUCGUACAGUCACUGAUCCCUUUAGCUAAAAACUUCAAUUCCGUUAAUUCCCCGGGUUUCUUAAGAUUUCAUCGUCAAAGCUCCGGUCUGAAGUAUUAGUCAUGUCUUUGCAAAAUUGCUGAGCCAGACAACAGGUGAAGCAUGUAACUGUGAUUCAUAUUGCUGUAUGAUUUGUUGUAAGAGGAUUUAACAAAGGCAAUAUUAUUAAAUAA